AUGUAUAUCGCAUUUUUGUGUUAUGUUUGUGUGUGUUUUGUUUGUUGCUCGUAAUACCACCCAACCACCAACACCUGCCUGCCGCUAACGAUCAUGCAUAGACCAAAGCUAGCGAAUCCUAUAACUGCUGCCGGUAUUGCCUCAUCCAUAUCAAACAACAACAACAACAACAAAUCAAAACGCGCACGUCAAUUCAGCCAGCCAGUAACGGCUAAAGAGUCUGCAGUCGAUUCGUCGUCAUUGCCACUCUACGAAAAACAUUCGCACUCCGCACUAAUUGACGCUUCAAUUGAUUUAGAACAUUACAUCAGCGCCAUGGAGGCACGACGCAACGACAAUGAGCCGGAUGUGUGGGCUCAAUUGCAGCAGAAGGAGUCAGAUAUAUUAUUAGCCGCUGAGCUGGGCAAAGCGUUGCUCGAAAAGAAUGAGGAGCUGGUCAAACAGCAGGAGAAGCUAAUUGAGGAUUAUUCUGGUAAAAUUGAGAAACUUGAACAGGAGAAGCAUGUGCUGCGCCAGAAGCUGGCCAUAGCGGAGGACGAGAGCGAUCAGCGUGUGCUGGAGCUGCAAUCAGAUCUCAACGAGCUAAAGGACAAGCUGCAGACACAGGAUGUGGCCAUCAGGCAGGCGGAAAAGGAGAAGACCAUACUCAUCGACGAGCUGCAGCAUCAGAAUACACGCCUUACCGAACAGAUACAGGAUGCGCAUGCCACCGAAAUGAAGCUCAGCGCCCAGAUACAGGAGCUCAAGGACCAAUAUCACUACAGGAAUAGCAGUCUACAGGAGCACGUCAACAGCCUGGAGUCGAUUAAAACCGAACUAAACCUCACCACGGGCAAGCGCCAGGAACUGGAGCGUCGUCUGCAGCACGCUCAGGAGGAAAAGGAGAGCCUUACCUCAUCGCUGGAGGAAGCAUCGGACAGAAUUCAUAUGCUGGAGCGACAUGCCCGCGAGCAGGAAACAAAAUUAGAGACCACCUUACAGGCAUUGGAACGCUCUCAGCGUGAGAAUAAUGUACUCAGCGAACGUUUGGGCGCGGACGCCAACUCGAGUACGCCCGGCAAGAAGAGUCUGCAGUUCGAAAUGGAAUGCGAUGAGGAUGAGGCCAGCUUCACGGAAUCGGGCAAGCCCAGUCAAAUGUGGGUGGAGGCGCGUUCCGUGUAUAUACAGCUGAAGUCCCUGGUGGACUCGCUUAAAGUGAGCCAUGAUGAUGACUCAGGUCUCAAUUCUGACAUAUCUCUGGAUCUGGAGUCCAUGGACAACACGAUGUCCAGCACGGAGCGCAAUGAUAGCGACCAUAUCGCUAUCGAAUUCAGGCAGGGUAUGCUGUCGGCCAUGUCCGACGAGCUGACACGAUUGCUGCUUAAUUUGGAUGCGGGCAACUUUAAGAAAAUGCUGGACCAAACGCGUAAUCUUGUUCUGGAGCAGGAGGAUGAGAUCAAGCGCAGCCAUCAGCUGAUACAACAACUGGAGGCCAAGGUCACGGUGACCGAUGUGGAACUGCAAAAUGUAAAGGAAGAGCGAGAUCAGGCACGCGGCGAUCUGGUUGACAACACCGAUCGCGACGAGCUGCUAGCCAAGGCGCAGAAGGAGCGGGAUGCGGCCAACGAGCGUCGCACCAAGGCCGAGGUGGAGCUGGCCAAGACACGCGUCGAGCUGAUGCAGGCCAACAGCCAGCUGCUCGAGUCCAUUCAGCAGAAGGUGGAGCUGUCCCAGCAGCUGGAGCAAUGGCAAAUGGACAUGCAGGAGCUUAUCGAUGAGCAAAUGCGCUCCAAGCUGAUUAACAAUCGUCGCAGCGCUGCCGCCGAGACGACAACAGCGGUGCCGAGCAGCGCAGCGGCCAAUCUCGCCAAGCGUGUGUCCAGCUACAAGCUCUGGAGUUUAUUUCAGCGUUAAUUGGACAAAUUUGACGCCGCGCUGGAAGAUCUACGCAACUCUUAUAUUCGUAAUGUAGCCGGGCAGAGCCGCGCUUUAAAAUGAGCUAUAUAUUUUUAAUAUUUAUACACAAAAGAGAGCCUAGGCAUAUACAUUUAUAUAUAUAUAUUUAUGUAUGUAUUUGUUGUAAUUUGUAUGUAUAUUGAAACGAUGCGACCUUCUUUGGUUUUGUAGUGAAAUCUUUUAAUUACGCUUUAUUAAUCUUAAAGACAUGUAUUAAUUCUAAUUGUACUCUCGUACCUAUGUUUAAACAAUAUUUCUGUACACAAAUGUUCUAAAUGAUUGCUAUAGCCUCCCCCCCUCCCCCCAAUCCCGCUCUCUCUUUCUGUUUAGUUAAUCUUGUAAUUUGUUGAAGAUCUAAUGCAAAAUCAAAAAAAUAAGAAACAUAUCGCCCGUAUGGUUGAGCGUCUGGCGAGUGGCUUGAAGCCUUUUCCGGCUCAAAAACUUGUGUUUGCGAUAACUGAAAUCAAAAUGUUAUAAACCUAUCUCUAUUAUUGUACUUAAGAUAAUUUAACUUUAAGCAAAGCAUUUAUGUUAAAACAAAAUAUAUACAUAUGUAUAUAUACGAUAUGUACGAGGCAGACAAAACGGAAUUGUAUGCGGACUUCGCGUUGGACAACUUGCCUUAAAUACGGACAAUGAUACGGAAAGUUUAACAUUUUAGAUUGUUUAACUAAGUAACUUACCAAUAAAUCUA